AUGGCAGAGUCGCAUCUUCUCCGCACCGAAGAGAUAAUUGAGGUCAUGCGCCAUAUCAACAAAUCACCGCCAUCCACUCUGCUGAUUGGCAUCGCUUGCAUGCGUCCAACUCUUGAGUACCUCUGGCUCUGUCUCGACAUUUUGCCCUUUUCACCGCCUCCUAUCCAUCGAAAACAUGGUUGGCCUGCCUCGCUUGGCUUGCAGCGUCUUCUGCUACAGCCUACCAGCACGCAUCCUGAUUCCCCUGUGUGGCUUCUGCCAAGUUCCGUGGCGACUUCGCAGCUGGACUGGCUAUCCACAGAUCUUGAGGGAGGCUCACGGUCUCACCGGGCUGCCGGGCUUGUGGAUUUUCAGAAGCUACAGAAAUACAGCGGGCAGCAGUGUGUGGGAGGACGGGAUUACAAAAACACCACUUUCUGCUUCCGGGACACCCCAUGCGUCUACUCACCGCGCUCGGCCGUCGCGGCUCGCACAACGUCCAACUCACAUAUGCGGGUCGGUGAUGCGCACAGGGUUUCCCUUUGCCCUGUCGGUCAAAGAGCCAAUGGUAGCUGGCGGCCGCAAUGUUUCCACCAUCAUACUGCGAUCAGCCCGCGCUGUGCCCGCGCGCUGUCUGAAAUUUCCCACCAUCUCGACGUGACGGCGGCAGUGGGGGCAUGUCAAGUCCGCCAUCUGCAGGGCCGAUUCCGAACCCAACAUGGCUCCUUGGAGGACUCUCUAGUUGAGACCUUGACACGUCCCGAGCGCGGGAUCGUCUUUGCGCCCAAAUCAAGCACGGCGGCGGAUGUCGAUCACCAACAAGUCUACCGGAGACGGAGCGAACGGCCUAGCGUACUAUGGAACGUUGCGUCUCUCAGCCCCAUCCGACGCAUCAUACGCAUGACAUUGCUGAUAUCAGCAAAUGCCGUCUCCCAGAGGACCCUGAGAGCUGAAAUGCCCCGGUACCCGAGAAGUCUCUCCAAUGCACUCGAAAGCCAAAGCACGCGGUGUGAAUUUGGCCGAAAUCUCGCAGACAACGUGAAAGAAGGUUAUUUAAGAAUAGAAACCCGCCUUGCCGAAUACGGCAAGCACCAGAUGCCCUCAACCAUGCUUCUGCAUGGAUAUUGGGAGGAGGACACCAUAUCAGAGCCUCAGGCUACUGGUCACUCUUCGCCAGCCAAUCGACUGAGACACACAGUAACUUCGACGGGCCGAGAAGCGUAUGUUGAUGUCAAGAUGAUGCAGGUUUCUUUCGACUCUCCUGCACCGCCGACCUCUGAGGCUUUGUCACGUCCGGCGGCCGCUCUCCGACCUGCCUUCAACGACUGGAAGCUGGCAAGCUGCCUCCCAUUUACCUCGGUUCCUUGGACCCUAAGAGAGAGCGCCCACAUCUCCAAGAUUCCAACAUCCCGCCCAGCAAGGCCAAACCCACUCGUGAUGUCUCUUCGGAAGAUUAUCUCGCUGCUGCUUCACACCGCUGCUGGCCAACAAAUGACUGACUCCAUAUCAAUGUUUGGUGUGCUGGUCCUGGAGAGCCAUACGGGGCGGUCAGGCACAAAGAAGCGGACCUCACGCGGGCCCGGCCAGAGACGGGCGACCCUUGACACGCGCGCGCACUCAUCGGCCUGUGUGGAAGCUGACUUGCUGGACGGCGUUGAGAACAGCCACCGCCACGACAUACGCAGUAAGCGUCACGUCCCCGAGAGCCGGCACAGACAGGUUGACGUUGCUUAUGACGAGCCCCCCGUUCAUGUUUCUCAUUCCAGGGCUGGAAAAGCAGAGCAUGGGUCAGAUACCCUAGCAGCGCACGCCAAAAAUGGACACGAGAAACUGCUGUUUCAGCCAACCAGAACCAGAAAGACGCCCUGCAACUCCGAUCUCCUGGCCCCUUGCAGAUUGGUAGAGGCAUGUUCAAACAACGACAAGAGACAAGAGCAAGAGAUGGAAGCCCUGGGUAGAAGCGACCCGCGCUCAACCCCAGCGCGGCGGAGCAGACAUUUGAGGGGGGGGGGGGGCAUUCUGAGAAGGCUUCGGAGGAAAUGCGACGAGACCUCGGGAGACAGAGAUCCCCCAAGGAGAUUCAUUCUACUUGAGACGGCGCUCCAAAGCAUCACUCUUCUCCACCGACCUCUCACUCUGACUCGCUGCUACUCGAUGCACCCGCCUACACUACGGAUACCAAGCAAAAAGGCAAGCUACGCUAGCGAACCCACCGAGGUGAAGCUGGACGCCGAAGUAGAGCGGGGAAACGAUCCCCUUGGCCACAGUGCUCCGGGCGGAGAUGCCCAGCAGAUUCCCAAGAUCUGCCCGAUUCGCCUUCAUGAUUUGACAUUCGGUUGGCUCCGGCAGUCGUCUGAAGUGUAUCGGGACACAGCCGAGGGGCACAUUGUCAGCCUCCGGAGACGAGAAUGGGAUCAUGGACUGUUUCUCAGACUCGGCAGGGACUUUGGCUACAGACAGGGGAUAACCUCAAGGGAUCGAUGGACACGCGAGUCGGAGAAAUAA